CAAAAAAACCCCCAAAAAACACCAGAUAGAUACAUUUAUAUUCGUAAUGACAGAAGCAAUAAUAGAGCUUGUUUUAAGAAAGGGAAGUGCGGUUAAGGGUGUAUGAAAAGAUGGACAGGGAGAAAUAGGACAAAUGGCCGGCUAACCGCGUUAGCACCAACUCUAGGGCACUUUUAACAUUGUAAUAUGACAUAAAUAUACAUUUUGGAACAAAUUGACCGUUAAAAUUAAACAUAUAACGGUUUAUCUACGUGUUAGUGAACUGAAAUGUAAGGCUGGUACAAUACAAUGUUUUAAACGGGUUACGUUUAAGGAGUAUUAGUGUGUGUGUGUUUAUAAAUAAAUAAAUAUAUAUAGUCAAUACUCUUUUCAAAUAAAUAAUACUCAUUAUGCGCUGUUAGAGAACGUGUUGUUUGGAUACGUUGACUGAACUAAUAUAGGUUUGUUUUACGUAUUUAUUUAUUUAUCAAUCUAGAUCAGUUUAGCUAGGCAAGGCCCUGCGCUUUCAUAGCCUGGUUUUAGGAAUAUAUUUUAUAACUUUAUUUUUUCCAUUACAGCACUUGAAAAUGUGUAUAAAACAAUCACUUAUCUUGUUACGUUUAUCAAAAUGGAGUAAGAAAUGGAUGUAAAAUAUACAGAUAUUACAUUUAUAGCCCAAGCAGUACGGUACGGGGGAGGAGAGAGGAAAAAAAACUGCAGCGACGUUUGUCGUGAGUGAAAGAUGAAGGCUGAAUCACAAAUACAUCAAUAUUUCAAAUCUAGUGCACUAGAUAGGGUGUAGUAGACCGCCGCGAUUAAUUCUGUUCGGAGCGCGCGAUUAAAGGGAAUACGGGGCCAUUUGGGAUUCAGCCCUUGCAUUCACCAUUGACUCAGCUAACUAAGCUAGCUACGUUUCACUGCGCCAUUAUUAGUUAUAUCCUCUCUUCGGAUUUUUUUCAGACACGCCGAUCAGAUGUGUGUUUUAUAAACACGUUUUAUGUUCGCAGUAAUGUUGUGAAGCACAACUCGCAGCCCUAGUCAUAAAUUAAUCCGUCAUUUGUUGCUUGUCUCCACGGUUGAUGUUGCUAGCUAGAUGCUAGCCUGGCUUGCUAACUGCGUAGACGGAAGUUAGCAUAGCAUAGUGUAGCAACGGGAAGCAAAGCUAGCACGUCGAUGUUAACGUAAUCGCAUCCGCCACUGAUGUAUCAUUCUUUUAAAAAUCGUUUAAUUAAUUGAUUAAUUCAAAAUUAAAUGUGUUUGUACACCGUCUGUUUGGGUCGAAACGUUGUAGUUUACAGCAAACCGGUCGCGUUGCUAGUUGUGUUAGCUAGCUCUUUUUUUGUCUCGAUAUCCUGAUAUGAUGACUAAAAUGUAAUGAUGUAUUAAAAUAAACGGUUUAUUCAGUUUUAAGUUGUGAAAUACUUUUAUGUCAUAUGAUUUGGCUUUAUCAGAUAAAUCUAUCAGAAUGUUGAUGUCUGUUUGAAAUAUAAUCAUUUUAUCAUCAGAAUUGUGAUAUAAAUGGGUUUUUUUUGGGGGGGGGGCGUCUACAAGGAUUCAUUUGAGUCUUUAUUAAAGAUUAUUGAUGGACUUAAAAGAUUAUAUGUGGAUGUAAAGUUCAUGUAGGUUGGCCCCCGGAAACCCUUCACAUGAUUAAAAUUUUGACCUUUUUUAAAUGACUUUAUGACUUUAUUUUUACUAGAAACACUUUCCUCAAACUGAUAAAAAAAAAAAAAAAAAAAUUCUCCUUUGGUUGUUUUCUUAAUGAGAAAUAAAGUUUUAAAGUCUGGGAAAGAAAUUCAAAUCGCAUUCCGAGCUCAUUUCGUUUAAAUUCCACCGUAAGGCUUCAUUUAGUUUAAAACCCUGACCUACUGAUGAGGAGGAAAAAAAAAACAUUACUGCGAAACUGUAACGAGUUUAUGAGGUCACAAUGGGAAAUGAAACAGAUCUCAGCUUGAUUGAUUUGUCCUGUGUCGUUUAUCUGACGUAAACGUCACUAAACCCCGACCCUCGCCGUCGUCUCUUCGUCGCCUCAUUCGCUCACUUCUGUUCUGUUGGAUAUAUUUCUCGCUUUUUUUCGGUUGUUUAAACAUUUGAAACCUUUGUCCUCUGUCCCCUGUACAGGUUUUUUAUGAUGAUCUGAUGGCACAGGAGCGGACAUUUUGACAGCCACUAUCCAAUUACAAGCUGAAUUGUUUACACUCGUGCCCGUUUUUUUCUCCGGCACGUAACUAUCCAACGUCUUGAUUAAAUCGUCAGUCUCUUAGGUGCUCGGGUUUUAGAUGCCGUUCUGCGGAAUGACCGCAUGUACCGCUGCGUUUUCAUAAAAAAAAAAAAAAAUAAUAAUAAUACGUUUCCGUGUGGAGAAACGUUCAUGUUUUCUUCGAGUCAGAAUAUCAACGUGUAACACCGGCCCGUAUGAAACAGGCUUUUCAUCAUUUACGGCUGUUUAUCGAGUGGUUUUUCUCCACACGUUUAUCGUCUAGGUCAAACGGGAGUUAUUACACGCGUGCUUUCGGACCUGCGUUUGUAACGAAUCACCGAUCGAUCUGUUUUCGAACCUCUCGCUUGCGGCUUCACGUGUUAAUCAACAUGUAUAAAACAUCCGUCUGUUUGUUCACACAGUACCGUGUCUUGAGGGUCGUAUCUGUACAUCUCUGUCCACGUCUUUCUAAUAUCCGGCACGCGCUCGACGCUUUCGUGCCACGUCGUCCGUGCUGCAAUGCCGGCGUGUUACAACGUGGAGCAUCUCUGCCGUCAGUGGGGUUUUGCUUCCUGUUGCCAUGGCUACAGCAGUAUGCUCCGGAGUGGCCGUCGUUAGGUUCGUCUCGACAGGCAGAACCGAAGAUGUUUGUGUGUAGGUGUACGCUUUCUGAAUCGCAGUGUGAAGGAUGAAGCGUGCGUGGACAUCAGAUUGGAUUAGUGAUGUGUUGAUUUUUGUCUUUAGUGUUAAAAAAAUAAAAAAGAGCAAUCUGAGACGUUGAAUGUACUAUUAGAUUGUCAAGUAGCUGACAAGCUGAGGAUUUAAUGAGCUCGACUGUGUUUCUGUAGUAAUAUCUGUGAUGUCAUUUUAAUAAGAAAUCCAGCGCAGAGGUAGUAUAGGCGAUGGUCCGACUCUAGACUCGAAGUCCCAGAAUGCACCGUGGCUGCGUGACACAUACGAGUUACGGCAGAGGCUCGGCUGGUUAAGGGAAGACGAGCGAUGGCAGCACGAAUGGUGAAGCUACGGAAGCUGAUCUGUUUGAGCGGACUGCUAAAGGAUUAAAGUGCCGCUGCAGCAUCUCAGUGUUUAGCGGGGGGGUCGAAUGAUACAGUAAUCAGAGCAGAUGAAUGUUGAUUGUGAAAUAUAUAUAUAGACGCAUACACACAGAAAGAAUAACAAAAGGAAGGUCUGCCACCAGGAUCAUCGCUUUUACUCAUUGUUAUGGCUUGGAAAAAAAAGAGGAAGGUUGUCACUGCAUGACUGAAUGGAAAGUUGAAAUGGCUAGUGCGCUGUCUAAUACACGCAGAAGGGAAAAUACGGCUCAUGUUUUGGUGAGCAUUGUGCUUUUUCAGCUGCUGUCUCCAACGAAAAACAGAAAACCAAAAACAAAAAAAAACACUGGAAUCAAGUUCUGACUGUGCUGUGGCCCGCCAUGUGGCACGGAGACGGACAACCUUUUUGCUUUCUCCGUCCUGUGUGUGUAGCUGUAGGCUCCGCCCACUACUUCCACCUUCCACACCUAAAAGUGGCAUGAGGGCAAAACGAGCUCGCCGUGUCAUUGUGAGUAGCGAUAACAAACGUAGCACGAGAACACCUCAGUUAUGGACUCCCAUACUGGAGAGAUUUCCCCAAAGACCACCACAGUAUUUAAGAUCACUAACGGACCCCUACCGGGCUCGAGGAAGCGGCCGUCGGAGGGCAACUACGAGAAGGAGAAGGACGUGUGCAUCCAGCUGUUUGACCACUGGUCCGAGGCCGACCAGGUGGAGUUUGUGGAGCAUCUGAUAUCACGCAUGUGUCAUUAUCAGCACGGCCACAUCAACUCCUACCUCAAACCUAUGCUCCAGAGGGACUUCAUCACGGCGCUGCCUGCUCAGGGUCUGGACCACAUAGCGGAGAACAUCCUGUCGUUCCUGGAUGCGCGCUCGCUGUGUUCGGCCGAGCUGGUGUGUAAGGAGUGGCAGCGCGUCAUUUCGGAGGGAAUGCUGUGGAAGAAGCUGAUCGAGCGCAUGGUGCGAACCGACCCGCUCUGGAAAGGCCUCUCCGAGAGACACCAGUGGGAGAAGUACUUAUUCAAGAACCGCACUACAGAAGUUCCGCCAAACUCCUACUACCGAUCUCUAUACCCCAAAAUCAUUCAGGACAUCGAGACCAUCGAGGCGAACUGGCGCUGUGGACGACACAACCUUCAGAGGAUCCAGUGCCGGUCUGAGAACAGUAAAGGAGUCUACUGCCUCCAGUACGACGACGACAAGAUCAUCAGCGGCCUCCGAGACAACUCCAUCAAGAUUUGGGAUAAGCAGUCUUUGGAGUGUUUGAAGAUUCUGACAGGACACACAGGGUCAGUGCUGUGUCUGCAGUACGACGAGCGAGUCAUCGUUACCGGCUCCUCAGACUCCACUGUCAGGGUGUGGGACGUGAACUCGGGCGAGGUGCUGAACACGCUGAUCCACCACAACGAGGCCGUGCUGCACUUGCGCUUCUGCAACGGCCUGAUGGUGACCUGCUCCAAAGACCGCUCCAUCGCUGUGUGGGACAUGGCCUCGCCCACCGAUAUCAGCCUGCGCCGCGUGCUCGUCGGUCACAGGGCUGCCGUCAACGUGGUCGACUUUGAUGACAAGUACAUCGUCUCUGCCUCUGGAGACCGCACCAUCAAGGUGUGGAGCACGAGUACCUGCGAGUUUGUACGCACUCUGAAUGGCCACAAGCGAGGAAUCGCCUGCCUACAAUACAGAGACCGGCUCGUGGUUAGUGGCUCUUCGGACAACACCAUCAGGCUAUGGGAUAUCGAGUGUGGCGCCUGUUUGCGGGUUUUGGAAGGGCACGAGGAGCUAGUGCGCUGCAUUCGCUUCGACAACAAGCGGAUCGUCAGCGGCGCCUAUGACGGAAAAAUUAAAGUAUGGGACCUGCAGGCUGCAUUGGAUCCACGGGCUCCAGCCAGCACUCUGUGUCUGCGAACACUGGUGGAGCACUCGGGCCGUGUGUUCCGGCUGCAGUUUGACGAGUUCCAGAUCAUCAGCAGUUCCCAUGACGACACCAUCCUCAUCUGGGAUUUCUUGAACGUGUCUGCUAACGGACAAAUGGAAGGGCGGUCGCCAUCACGCACGUAUACAUACAUAUCCAGAUAGCAGGGCGGCCCAGGAAGCGUGCGGAGUGUGUGAGUGUGUGCGCGCGGGGACUGUCCUGAUGACCGAGUCUCUGUGGUUAAGUGUGCCAGGAUCAGAGGUCGAGGAACGCCACCCCCCUGUCCUCCUCCCCUCACCCCACCGUCCUCUCUCUCUUUUACUCUGCUUCUCCUCUCCUUUUUUUUUAUUUUUUAUUUUUUUUAGAUAAAUUCUGAGCCCUUCUUGAACACACACACGUGCAAACGCACACCGAGCAACCCUCUCUGCUGAGUAGGAGGAAGAGAAGAUGGAGAGAGGGGGACACCACUGAGAACGAGUUCACAGCUCCGCCUUUACAGCAGGCCUAGCCCCGCCUCCGGGCCCAAGGACUAUUUAUCUCUUGAUAUUUUUUUUUUCUCUCUUUUUUUUUUUUUUUAUUGUUUAUUUUUUUGGUUGGGGGGAAAAAAAGAAAACAGUGGAAGUGAAUCUUCCGUGAGGACUGUGUUUGCAUGAAUGAAUGAUGGGACUGUAAAAGAUGGUCAUGCCUCGUUUCUGUCUUUAUUGUUUUGCUUUGUUUUGUUUUUUAUUGUUGUUUUCCUUUCUUUCUUUUUUUGGAAAUUGGGAGAUCAGCUUUGUUAUGCUUCUUUUGUGGUGACGUACUAAUACCUGUAGUUUUCUUCUUUUCAGACCUCCCCCCCCGAGUCUGUCGCUCUGUUCCCUUCCACGUCCUUCGCUAGCUCUAGUUUUAUCUCUUAUCUCUUCUUCCGUCUUGGUCCCUUUCGCUGUCUGCUCGUCUAGGUUCCGAAUGACCCCCUAACUGAACGCAGUUUAGUUGUAAACAGAAAUGUCUCGUCUCAAAUGGUGUUGUAUAUUGAAAAGAUUUUUUAAAGGAAAAAAAAAACAUUAUUAUUAUUAUUAAUAAGAAUAAAGUACUUGACUGUGAAGGAGUGUUAACAAACUGGCAAUGUUUGCAUUUUUAAUUUUUUGGUGUGUGCGUGCAUGUGUGAGAGCGAUACUUUACCAAAACUAUACUCUAUACCUAAGUAUUGUAUUAAAGUAAAUUUAAAUGAAA